CCCACAGUCGUGGAAUAAAACAUAUCGAAAUUAUCGAUUUUCAUAAAAAAUAUAUCGAUAGUUUUCGAUAGCAGAAAUUAUCGAUACAUUAUCGACAUUUCACUAUAUGUAAUGGAGGCUUUAACAGCCUUUUGUAAAAAUAAAAAAUGAUGGAAAGCUCUGACGAAAGUUCCGAAGAGACAAGUUGGGUAUUAUACAGGGAUCGUGAAGAAUGGAGAGAUGUGGUUCCUGUACCGCAGGAUGACGGCCCUAAUCCUAUUGUCUCAAUUGCUUAUUCUGAGAAAUUUAGGGACUCAUAUGACUAUUUCCGGGCUAUCUUAAAAUCUGGUGAAAAGUCGGAGCGUGCACUAGCUUUAACAGAAGAUUGUAUCUACCUUAAUCCUGCAAAUUAUACAGUAUGGCAAUACAGGAGGGAGAUACUUAGAGCUCUCGGCAAAGAAUUGCGAGAUGAAUUAAAAUCUACUAAUAUACUAACGGAAUAUAAUUCUAAGAACUAUCAAGUAUGGCAUCAUAGGAAACUUAUCGUUGAAUGGCUUCAAGAUGCUAGUGGGGAACUAGAAUUUACAGAAAAUAUUUUAAAAAUUGAUGCAAAGAAUUAUCAUGUUUGGCAGCAUCGUCAAUGGUGUAUAAAAACAUUUAAUUUAUUUGAUAAAGAGUUGGAAUAUACAGAACAUUUAUUGAACGAAGAUAUUCGUAAUAAUUCUGCUUGGAAUCAACGUUAUUUUGUAAUAAAUAACACAACCAAGUUUGAACAAGAUAUAAUUGACAGAGAAAUUGAUUAUGCCUUAGAUAAAAUAGAAUUAGUUAAAGGCAAUGAAAGUGCUUGGAAUUACCUUCGAGGUAUUUUGAUGCAUGAUAGCAAUGGUUUGGCUUAUAAUGAAAAAGUAAGACAGAAAUGUGAAGACCUGUAUAAUGCUGGCUGCCGUGUUAAUCAUUUAUUGGCCUGUAUUAUAGACAUUUGUCAAGAAAAACCAAUAACAGAGGAGUCACCAGAUUCAAUAUUUCAUAUUAAUAAUGCUCUUAAGCUAUGUAAAGAAUUAUCUGAGAAACAUGAUACAAUAAGAAGGAGAUAUUGGGAUUUUUUUGGACAACAAUUAUUGGAUAAAAUGAAGUCAGAGUCUAUAAGUACAUAGUUUAUUCUACAUUUUUAUAAAAACACCACUUGAAUUAAUAUAUUAUAAUUCAUAUAUUUGAAAGGAACUGUAUAUUAUAUGUUUGAAACACAUAUUGCUAUAUGAAGCAUAUUGUUCAUAAAAUUUGAUAAUACAUUUUAGUCAAUAUUAUUAAUUAACGUAAAUCACCUUACAAAUAAGAGUUAGUGACUGGAAAGAUUUUAUAAGAUAUAUACAACAAAUUCAUAAUACUUUCUGCAAUAUUUUCAAGUGUAACAAAAAAUAAAUAAGUUGUGUAACUAUGGAUGGGAAAAUAAAAAAUGGUGAAGACUUUUAUAAA